CCGACUACAAAUAAUAAGAGGGUGGAGGCUUUUUCUUAUACGAUGUUUCAUCUACGUGAUGCAUGAACCCCAGCGGGUCAGGGGAGUGUUGGAAAUUACGUUUAUCUCAUCAGGUUAAGCCAGUAUCAAAACCUAAAGCGAAACAGAUGAGGUCGAGUGCUGGGCAUGAGCACCGUAUUCGACCUUGACGAAGAUCCUGUGCGACUGCCUGUAAUUUGCCCGAAGUUAUGAAGAUGGUGUUCAGUUCUACCCCGUGCCAAUCAGGGAGAGUAUCAAAUUGCAAAUUUGGAAGCCAUCAAGCGAGCCAGUCCGUAUACAGGCCUUCUCCUGACGUGCGCACCGUCGUCGAGGGCCAGAUUCUUUCUCACAUUCUGCCGAGUGGAUAUUUCAAUUAUCCGUUGCAACUGUCAACUUGAUUGACCAUCUCGUAUACCUUCGAAUACUGAGGCUAUGCGCUGGAACGGUGGCGUAUCGAGCAUUUGAAGUCAUGAGAUUUCUCUCGUGUGGUAUCUCAGUCUUCAUACAUUGAAGCACGUCGAAGGACAUGCCUUGACUAGAAUCUUGGAUUUCGUUCGAAGUAUUUUCUCUAUCUGGUCUGUUCUGAGCAGAAUCGACGGAGUUAUUUGCAGAGGCAGAUACCAGCGCACCUCUUUGAUGAAGUGGGAACGCAGACUUGCAACUCUGCACUUAAAUGAAGCUCGCAUUUCCUUCCAAAUUUGCUUCUCCGCACACUGACCUCGUUUCAGCAGUCGGAUGGAACCUCGCUGGCGAAGUGUACAGCUGUAGUGAUGACCACACUAUUUGGAAAUGGAGCAGGAAUGGCGAGGCUCUUUGCCGAGUUUGUACCGUCACCGAGACAAGUUUUACAGACCUGCAAUGGUAUCCAUCGAUCUCCCAGCGACAUCAAACUGGUUCCAAAAGCGAGAUGUUUGUCGUCGGUUGCACUGACGGUUCGUUUCUCAUUAUCAGCAAAGGCGGUAGCAGGGAGAAGCGAGUCGAGGCACAUGAAGGGGCUGUCAUCUGCCUCCGAUGGAAUUUCGAAGGAACCGCUUUGGCAACAGGUGGAGAGGACGGCAUUGUAAAAAUCUGGUCUCAAAGUGGAAUACAUAGAUCUACUCUGGCAACAACAGGGUACUCAAUCUAUGCCAUUGCAUGGGGUCCAGACUCCGAUCAGCUUCUAUUUACCCAUGGUACUGUCCUCGUCAUUAGGCCCAUUCAGUCCACAUCCAAGCAAGUGGAGUGGGAAGGCCAUGAGUCUCUGGUGCUGACACUGGACUGGAAUCCUGUCAACAACUGUAUUUUAUCAGCUGGAGAGGACUGUCGUUACAAGGUUUGGGACUGCUAUGGCAGGUUGUUGUACAGAAGCUCGAAGUUUGAUUACAGUAUCACGUCCGUCGCGUGGUGUCCAUCUGGUGAAUUGUUUUCUGUGGCCUCCUUCGGCAUCGUACUUCUAUGCGAUAAGUCGGGGUGGGUUUUUUCAAAAGAAAGAUUGGAUACGGGGUUGAUGCAACGUCUUGCAUGGAGCAAAGAUGGGACACAGAUCGCAGGGGCUGCGGGAAAUGGAUGCGUCGUUUUUGGACAGCUUGUAGCCAGACAAGUAGAGUGGAAACGGAUUAUUGCUACUCUAGAAGAAUCCAAUCGAAUACGAAUUCAGGAUGUGCUCAACGAGACAGUAGAGGAGCUGGAUUUCCGGGACAGAAUAAUCAAAAUGAGUCUGAAUGCUAACCAUCUAGUUGUUGCGACUGCAACACAGUGCUGCAUAUACUCGACCUCCAACUGGAACACCCCACAUAUAUUUGAAAUCAAGGACACCAUAAUUCUGCUGAAGCUUUGUCGACGCUACUUUUUAAUGGUGGAUGCUUUCUGCGGGUUGCAGCUGUUCACUUAUGAAGGCCGUCACCUGUCUAACCCCAAAUAUCAGGGCUUACGUGCCGAGUCGUUGAACGACCAGAUUGUCAGCUUAUCGGACGACAUUUUGGCUAUCACUGACCAUUCCGAUAACAAAACUGUUAUAUUCCUUGAUGCUAGUAAAGGAAAACAAGUGGGUGAAUUGGUCCGGCAUACUUUAGAAAUUGUGGUCAUCUCUUUGAGUCAGAUGCGAUCAUCAACCGAUCAGAAACUCAUAUUUAUCGAUCGGAAUCAAGACCUGUACAUCACCCCCAUUUUUAGUGUAGCAUUGUUUAAGCUGGCAACCAUGAUUGACGAUGCAAUAUGGAAUGAUAGCAUCGAUAUCCUAGCAGCCGUUUCAAAUCAGAAAAUGAUUGUGUUGUACUAUCCACAUGCUGCGUAUGUGGACAAAGACCUUUUGAAGUAUGUCAAGCUCACGAAGGAGUGUCUUGUGGGAGAAAAUGCCAAGUUCCAAAGUUUCCAUGGCUCAAGAUGCACUAUUCGCCGGAAGGAUGGAGCAACUUAUUUCACGGAUAUCUCACCAUAUGCGUUUCUGCUAUUUGAGCAUGUUGUGCUCAAACAGUGGGAUCAAGCCAUCAGGCUGUGUAGAUAUGCGAAGGACAACAUUUUAUGGGCCUGUUUGGCAGCGAUGGCUGUCGAUUCAAAGGAAUUAAAUACAGCUGAGAUGGCAUACGCUGCACUAAACGAGGUGGAUAAAGUGCACUACAUGUUACAUGUGAAGGACCUGCCUUCUGAAGACGCUCGCCAAGCAGAACUAGCUCUCUUUAAGAGGAGACCAGAAGAAGCUGAAUCAAUAUUGCUGCAAGCAGGUCUCAUUUACAGAGCAAUCAAGAUGCACACCAGGCUUUUCAACUGGGACAGGGCGCUAGAGCUAGCAUUGCUUCACAAGCAACACUUGGAUACAGUUUUGUGGAUUCGUCAACAAUAUUUAAAGAGAACGCAUGUGGAGGAAACCAAGCAACAGUUUCGGCAAUUAAACCAGCAGGUACAAAUUGAUCUGGAAAAAAUUCUUGCCAAGAUCGACAAUGACAAAGAAAGGGAAAGUCACUGUCAACGUGCUUCCGGACACCAAACGAGCAAGCACCAGCUGGUUCAUGCAGUUACUCUGGUUCAAGGACCUUUCCUGCCAAAAGGAGUCUCAUCGAAAUGACAGUGCAUUGUCAAUCAAACCCUUUGCAAAUGGAGCAUGGUUGAUGCAUUCAUUCAUGCGGAGCAUCUUCAGAGGUGUUGGAGUGACAGCAGGACUCGACGACGACAUUCAAUCUCAGGCCUGUGAUUAUUGCUCAUGGUUAAGGCUGACACCUGUCUUGAUUAUGAUCUGAACAGCACAUGCCCAAACCUCGACAUAUAUACUCUCAGUCAAUCAAUCCCUCCCAUCCUUGGACUCUCGGGUCUUGACCGAAAUCUCCACUUCCGUGCACGUUGGAUUCCGAGUUGCAUGCUUUUAACACCCCCCCAGGAAAAUAGACGUUUUUGUGAGAGCUGGAUGGCGAAUCUUGCCACUAACAUUGAUUCCCCUUCUCUCCUCUGCUUUGCCAUGGACGUAGUGCUCGGACUGUGGAGCCUUGAAAUCUGGAAAGGUUACUGCGUUCGGAGUCAAGACUCAAACAAGAUACGAUAUCGCGUGUGAAUAUUUGAGUAACUGAAGUCAAAGGACAGUUUUAGAUCCGAUGGUUGCACACGUGAAAAUAGCCCGUAGUACUCCUGACAAUUAAAGGUUUGCUUGGAUGGACGGAUCUGCUAUGAUUGCUUCUCCAGCCCGCACAAUUUUCUGUUUGUUUCUAGACUCCCUAAUCGUCGAUGUUGCGAAUCCAUUAUUGCCAUUGUGG